AUGAAGGCUGCAUUGACCUGCGCUGUCAUCGCCGGGGCCGUCCAGGCGACCCUUGGCCUUGACCGCUUCUUCUACGGUCUGGAUUACGACACGCGGGCCAACCAGUGGGGCGGUUGCAAGUCCGAGUGGGCGAUCCGCGAGGACUUCAAGGCCAUGAACACGGUCACGACCAACGUGCGCAUCUACUCGACCGAGAACCCGUGCGUCGAGCGCGUGCUCAAGAUCGCCGGCGAGCACAAGAUGAAGAUCUGGAUGGGUCUCUGGGGCAACAUCGAAGCCGACCUCGACUCGUUUGAGCGCGACUUUGCCAACUUCCAGCGCCUCGUCAAGGAGAAGAAGGUCCGCAACGACAACGUGCUCGGUAUCGGUGUCUCGUCGGAGGCCAUCUACCGCCACUACAUCCAGGGCGGCCACGAUUUCUCGGAGACGGACGGCACCGAAAAGCUCAUCGGCUACGUCUCGCGCACCCGCGACUUUGUCCGCGCCAACGGCCUCAACUUCCCCGUAACCAUCUCGGACGUCAUGGACGCGUACAAGUACUCGGCCAACCUCUACGACGCGGUCGACGUGGUGUCGGCCAACCAGUUUUCGCAGUGGGAGACGAUCCCGGUCGAGGACGGCGUCAACACGAUGUUCGACCGCCUCAUCCCGAUCCGCGCGCAGGCUGUGAAGCGCGGCAAGCCGAUCAUGAUCAUGGAGACGGGGUGGAGCCAGGCGGAGAUCUGGUUCUACUACGCGGAGAAGAACAUGUUCAAGUCCAAGAGCAGCAACCAGUGCUUGGACACGUACGUCGACGGCGACGGCAACGACGUGCUCCACGUCUACAAGUGUGACGAGGGCAACGACAACCAGAAGUGGGCGUUUGUCGCCGACGGCAAGGUCGAAGUCAUGUCGGAGCCGUUCGAGGACUUGCCGACGCCGGCGCCCACGAAGGCCAGCCUCCGCGCCACCAACCCGCCCACGACGCCCAAGCCCACGCCUAAGCCGACGCCCAAGCCGACGCACAAGAAGACCAAGCGCCCGACCAAGGCGCCGGUCGUGCCGUCGGACCCGUUGGCCGAGAAGUGCGGUGACUGCAUCAACAACUGCCAGUUCCUCGGUGCCGGCUACACGCUCUGCUACAGCGGCUGGGACCAGCAUGUCUGCUCGCUCAUGGGCUCGACGCACCACUGGUGCGGCGCGCCGGUGCCCAAGACUGAAGCCCCGGUCGAGGACGACGACGACGAUUCGGAGGAUGACGAGACGGAUGCCCCGGAGACGCCUGCCCCGACGCACAAGUCGACGCAGGCGCCGACGUUUGCGCCGCACGUCGUCGAGAAGCGCCCGGACUUUGAGAUCGAGCCCUUCACGAUUACGACCAAGACGGGCAUGGUCAUGUCGCACAGCCCCCGCGGCAAGUGCAUCGGCAUUGACGCCCAGGAGAACGUGAUCAUGACCGAGUGCCGCUUCGACGCGUCGACGACGUUCAGCGUGCGCCCGAUGGCCGGCGAAGAGCUCCACCUGAGCGUCGGCGGCAGCGAGUGGAAGCUGACCGAGUACUACGGCCGCGUGCGCGCGUCGACGGACCCGAUCGCCGAGGCCCACCCGGACACGCAGAUCUGGUUCUUCGACUCGAUCUCGCAGACGAUCCGCAACAAGGCCAACGGCGCCGCGUGUCUCGAGAUGGUCGAAGACAAGGUCGGUGGCCUCGUCGAGGGCCGUCUCUGCGACGAGACCAACGUCAUGCAGAAGUGGGUCUACAACGACAAGACCGGUCAGUUCAUCCACCACGUCAAGCUCGCGCAGUGCCUCAGCGCCGACGGCGUCAACAAGGAGAUCCGCGUCCAGUUCUGCGACACCAAGGCGCUGUACCAAAAGUGGUACAUGAACCUUGUGCACGCGACGACCAAGCACGAAGCCGUCGAGCUCACGUGGCAGACGCCGUUCCCGACGCCGGCCCCUGGUUUCCACUUUGCCCCGACGCCCGCGCCGACGAAGCCCCAGCCCAAGGCCCCGGUGACGCCUGCCCCGACGGAAGCCCCGAAGACCGACGCUCCCACGGACGCCCCGACGGCUGCUCCCACGGAGGCUCCCAAGACGGACGCCCCCACGGUGGCCCCCAAGACGGAUGCGCCGACGCCGUCGGUCGACGACUCCGACGACGACUACGAGCCGCCGACGCCUGCCCCUACCAAGGGUGCUACGGCCGCUGCUGUCGACGUCACUGCGUAA